AUGGAAAUUUUGGAAACUCGUCCACCAAUAAAUGCAUAUUAUAGAUGGGAAUGGAUGUGUAUUAUACUUUCUGACUUUAAAGAGGUUUAUUCUGACCAUGAUUUGCUUAAAACUUUGGAUAAAUUUUCUAAAGAAAUUCUCAAAUAUUUCAAAAACGACAAACUUCCAUUAGAAUUUAAACAAUUUUUGCUUGCCUUGUUAGAAUAUGAUUAUGCAGUCUUAUGUGCAAAUAAUUUAGACACAGUAAAAGAUCAACAACACUUAUUUCAAGAUGUUUCAACCAAAACUUUAAAAAUCACAAAUAACAAAAAAUCUUUGUCUACUUUCAAUCAAUUACCUACAACACCAAGAAUAAAUAAUGUAAUUGAGAAAAUGGAAGAUUUGGAUAAUUAUCCUUUGGCUUAUUUAAUUUUGUGUUCGGUUAGCCGUGAAGCUGGCAAUUUUCGUGAACUUAUUUCUACAAGAUUGGAAACGGUUAUUGUACAGGAUUUACUGAUGCAUUUCCAUCCUAAAGAGUAUCCACUCGAUUAUUGUCGUAUUUAUGCCCGUUUGGUGGGUCUUUUACUGGAUAUAUUACUUUUUGUUGAAAGACAAGGAGAUAUGAAUAUUUUUGAUGUUGAAAACGAUGUUUCUAGAAAACUAAAAAAAUUGGUUAUAAAAAUUAGAAAUGAACAUGAUUUUGAAGAAAUUAAAGGAAAAAAUAAAAAUAUAUUGGAAAAGGAUGUUGAUUUUGAAUGGAGAAUGUUUUUACAAAUGGCUGGAGUUCCUUGGAUUGGGUAA